GUAUUGUCAUUUCGAUACAAGCAUCGGCACAGUGUGUGAUACAAUAGUGGUUUGAAAACUGCGUCGGAGCAUCGGAAUCAAUUGUCCCAUCACUUAUUAUAUAUAUAGCAGCGGUACUGAUUACAAUCUACUAGUGCCGAACUGUAAGGAGCGCAGCAAUGUAUAGUUUUACGAAACGCGAAAGCACUUGACCCUCUUCGCUCUCUGUAGAUGCCGUUCUGACAGUGCGCUGCGCGGGUUUACGUUUCUCGGGAGCAGGCAGCUCACAACAAUAUUAUUCUUUUUUUUAUUUUACAGAGGCGCGAUAUUCUUAUCNUUCAGGGGAGAAAAUGAGUUUGUGGGUUGAUAAAUAUCGACCAUCGUCCUUGGCCAAACUCGACUACCACAAGGAGCAAGCAAACCAGCUCAAAAAUCUGGUCCAGUGUGGUGAUUUCCCCCACUUGUUGGUUUAUGGACCGUCUGGUGCUGGUAAGAAAACCCGGAUCAUGUGUUUGCUCAGAGAGCUGUACGGUCCCGGGGUCGAGAAACUCAGGAUUGAACACCAGUCCAUCACGACUCCAUCUAAAAAGAAGCUUGAAAUCAACACAAUUGCCAGCAACUACCAUCUAGAGGUGAAUCCAAGUGAUGCUGGGAACAGUGACCGUGUGGUCAUUCAGGAGCUGAUCAAAACUGUUGCUCAGUCUCAGCAGAUUCAGUCCAGUGCUCAAAGGGAGUUCAAAGUCGUGUUACUAUCAAUUAUGCCGUUCUGA